AUGGUUGGUUUAAUUUCGCUAGUCUCUCUCACCCCCCGACGGAGACCUCCUAAACCGCCGGUUAACCCCAACCGGUUCCUCGAUAACCGCUCUCCCCCUCCUCCCUCCGAUGACGACGACAUCGAUCGCAACCGUUCUCCCCGUCCCAAAGCCUCCGACGCCCUCCCGCUCCCUCUCUACCUCACCAACGCCGUCUUCUUCACCCUCUUCUUCUCCGUCGCCUACUACCUCCUCCACCGCUGGCGCGACAAGAUCCGCUACAACACCCCCCUCCACGUCGUCACCAUCACCGAGCUCGGCGCCAUCGUCGCCCUCAUCGCCUCCUUCAUCUACCUCCUCGGCUUCUUCGGCAUCGAUUUCGUCCAGUCGUUCAUCUCACGCGCCGAUUCCAACGAUUCCGAUCGAGAUUACCUCGUGAACGAGGACCACCGCCUCGCCACCUGCCCUACUCCGUCGCCGAUCGUCGCUAAACUAGAUCCUCUCCCGGAGGAAGACGAGGAGAUCGUGAAAUCGGUGCUCGACGGGGCGAUCCCUUCGUACUCGCUCGAAUCUCGCCUCGGAGAUUGCAAGCGGGCGGCGUCGAUAAGGAGAGAAGCGUUGCAGAGGCUUACCGGGAGGUCGAUUGAAGGAUUGCCGUUGGAUGGAUUCGAUUACGAUUCGAUCUUGGGGCAAUGCUGCGAGAUGCCUGUGGGAUACGUGCAGAUCCCCGUGGGGAUCGCUGGACCGUUGCUGCUUGAUGGUUACGAGUACUCUGUGCCGAUGGCGACGACGGAAGGGUGCUUGGUGGCGAGUACUAACAGAGGGUGUAAGGCUAUGUACGUCUCCGGUGGUGCGACGAGUACUGUGCUUAAGGAUGGGAUGACGAGAGCGCCUGUUGUGAGGUUUGCUUCGGCGAGGAGAGCUUCUGAGCUCAAGUUUUUCUUGGAGAGUCCGGAGAACUUUGAGACUCUGGCUGUUGUUUUCAACAGGUCGAGUAGAUUUGCGAGGCUGCAGAGUGUUAUGUGCACGCUCGCUGGGAAGAAUGCUUAUGUGAGGUUCAGUUGUAGUACUGGUGAUGCUAUGGGGAUGAACAUGGUAUCCAAAGGUGUUCAGAAUGUUCUUGAGUUUCUUACUGAAGAUUUUCCCGAUAUGGAUGUCAUUGGAAUCUCUGGUAACUUUUGUUCGGACAAGAAGCCAGCUGCUGUGAACUGGAUCGAGGGACGUGGCAAAUCAGUUGUUUGCGAGGCGGUGAUCAGAGGAGAGACCGUGAACAAGGUGUUGAAAACGAGCGUGGCUUCUUUGGUGGAGCUCAACAUGCUCAAGAACCUCACGGGAUCUGCUAUUGCAGGGUCUCUAGGUGGAUUCAACGCUCACGCCAGCAACAUUGUUUCUGCUGUGUUCUUAGCGACUGGUCAGGAUCCAGCUCAAAACGUGGAGAGCUCUCAGUGCAUCACAAUGAUGGAAGCCAUUAACGACGGGAAAGAUAUCCAUAUCUCUGUUACUAUGCCGUCUAUUGAGGUGGGGACAGUGGGAGGAGGAACACAGCUUGCGUCUCAAUCUGCGUGUCUGAACCUGCUCGGAGUUAAAGGAGCGAGCAAGGAGGCGCCGGGGAUGAACUCAAGGAGGCUAGCGACGAUAGUGGCGGGAGCAGUUUUGGCGGGAGAGUUAUCACUAAUGUCAGCAAUAGCAGCUGGACAACUUGUGAAGAGUCACAUGAAAUACAAUAGAUCCAGCAGAGACAUCACUGGAGCAACGACGACGACAACAACAUGAUCUGAAGUCUGAACCAUCAUCAUCAUCUCUGUCUGGCCCAAAACUCGAAGGAGGACAAAAAUGUAAAGAAGGCAGGCUUUUUACAACUCAACUCUCUGGCGGAACACACUAAGCCAUGUGCGUACGUACCCCUUGUCUUCUUUUGUUCAAUAAAAAUUAAAAUUGUUUUUGUUUUUGUUUGACUUUUAAACUUUCUUUUUUUUUUGUGGGGAUUAAGAGGGAGAGAAUUGUGAUUGUCAUUUUCUCCUUCUCUUUCUCUCACUCAUGGAUAAUUCAUGUUCUAUUUGAUCUGUCUAAGCUUUGCCUUGUGUUUGUUAGCAAGUGUUGUGUCUUGUCUAUAUGAUGAUGGAAAACAUGUAUGCAGUUGCGUUUAAGGAUAUGAGUGCGUACUUGCUGUGA